GCCAUUGUUUGGAUAGAUAGAUUGUGAGUGGAGGGAGCAGAGCACUCCAUCUCCCGCUCGCAAUGUCGUCCGAUUUCGACGAAGACCAGGACGUCCCUUAUGCACAUCCACGAGACGGGCCCCCUCUGCUGGACAGAGCCGACAUGGUGCGGUUCAGGUGGCACGCCAGCGACAGGGCGCCACUGCACGAGAACCGGCAGCAGGUGCUGCUGGAGGUCCACGACGCGUCCUCCUCCGCCGCCGGCGACCGCCUCGGGAUAGACCUCGUCGCCGUCCUGGACGUCAGCAAGAGCAUGAGGAAGAAGGACCGGCUGGGCAAGAUGAAGACCGCCAUGCACUUCGUCAUCAACAAGCUCGGGCCCAAAGACCGCCUCUCCAUCGUCAAGUUCUCCGAGGAGGCCGAGAGGCUGUGCCCGCUGCUCUCCGUCACCCCCGAUAACAAGCCACACCUCAUGGAUAUCGUCGACGGCCUGCAAGUCAUCGACCCAACCAACAUAAGAGACGGCCUCGAGACCGCCCUCGGAGUCCUCGGCCGCCGACGCAUCUCCGGCGGCCGCGUCGCCAGCAUCUUUCUCUUGUCUGACGGGGACGAGAACAUAGGCCAUGCUACGAACGUUGAUGUCAGCGAUGUGCCGGUCUACACCUUUGGUUUUGGUACUGACUUCGAUCCCAAGGUGCUGGACGAGAUCGCAAGGAGGAGCAAAGGAGGAACGUUCAACUUCGUAGAUGAUGGGGAGAACAUGACCGAGCCCUUCUCGCAGAUCCUAGGUGGCCUCCUGAGCAUCGUCGUCCAGGACCUCAAGCUCAUCGUGUCCCCACAGCCAGGCGACUCCAUACUAGAGGACGUGGACUCCCGUCUCUACCAGCAAACACGGGACGACAACUCCGGCGCGGUAAUCGUCCAUUUCGGCGAUCUCUUCGCCGGAGAAAUACGCAGGGUUAUCGCCCACAUCCGUCUCCCUGCCGUCGGCCAGAAGAAGAACGCCACUGCCAUCAUCGCCCAGUGCUCCUAUAGUGUCCGGGGACAGCCUUUCUACUCCCGUAGACUGCCGGUCCCUAUGCGCCGGACCCCAACUGGAUCGGCUGACCCGAGCCGCACGAUGCCGGUGGCCCUGAGGACCGAGCGAGCCCGCCGGCACCACGUAACCUUCCUAGACGAGGUGCGUACGAUGGCGGACGGCGAUGACCUCCACGGCGCCCAAGGGAAGCUGGUGGAGGCCAGGAACGAUCUUGCACAUGAGCAGUCCAACCCCAUGAUCGACUUCCUCAGGGCCACGCUGGAUAAGCUCCUGGGGCUGAUCACGUCGCCGGGUCAACACGCCGGCUUCCGCGCCUACCUGCGGUCGCUCAGGACGUCGCAUGACCGCGAGCGCGUCGCGGCCACGGGCGAUGUCAAGGGCGUCAGGCUCUUCGAGACGCGGCACACGAGCGCGUUCCGGGGGCAGGCCAAGCGGUUUGAGAAGCAGGCCACCAUGGGGCACCGGCCGCCGGCCCACCACGACUCCAACUUCAACGAGGAGGACGACGACACGAAUAGACUCAGAGAAAGAGAAGAGGGCCGCACGCGCAUGGAGAGGCCGGUCGCGGUGGAGGCGAGGGGUGGGCCAUGGAAGACCUGGUGGGGGGACGACGACAAGGGAGGGUGGCGCCGCAGGAGCUCCGCCAGGUCCACGUCCGCGUGCGCCUGGGUGCUGUGCAUCCUGUGCGUGCUGCUCGUCAUCGGCGCCAUCGUCCUCGGUGUCCUGCUGUUCGCCGUCUACAACCACAAGAUGCCGUACCUGGCGGUCGCCGACGCGCAGCUGGGGGCGCUCCAAUACGCGGGCCAAGACGGCACCGUCCAGAACCUUCAGCUCUCCAUCGCCUUCCUGGCCAUCAACAAGGACUCCAGGGCGGACGCCUCUUUCUCCCGCGUCAACCUCGCCCUCAAGCUCCAAGGAGUCGACAUGCUUCUCUUCCGUGCGCCGCCGUUCGUGGUGCCACCGGAUAGUUCCAUGCCGCUGCAGUACAACGACGUGGUGUCCACGGAGCGGAGGCUGGACAAGGCCGGGAUGCGGUCCAUGGACAAGUCGCUCAACGCCGGCGUGGUGCCGUUCGACCUGCACGGCAAGGUGCGCACGCGCGGGAACACGGGCAUCUUCCAAAACACCAAGUUUUGGACGCGCUUCUCGUGCCGUCUACACUUCUUCUUCCCCGGUAAUGGCACCGUCAUACCCGCCGACCGCCGCAGUUGCCGCUCCAGGUGGCCGUAGCACUCAGAUUCUGCCACGCUUCCACUUGCAUGAAGCAAAACACAUGUAUAUAUGCCCCAGCUGCAAGAGCCAACUCAGUUAACCUAGCACGCGUUAAAUACAUUAAUAAAUUAGUACUACUUUAACCUAGCACACUUAAAUACAUUAAUAAAUUAAUUAGUACUUCCUCCGUCCCAUACUAUAAGGGCAUCGCAACCCAGAAAUUUCCUUCAACCAUAGUCACAUACAUUUCAAACUAUUUUUCAACAAACCAAUGAAGUUCAU